AUGCCUGCACACGCCCAGUCUACCUCCCCUCCUCCUCGGAGGCGGAGGGCUUUAGAAGAGCGCAGUUCCGCUCAUACCAACGAAAGAUCCCCAACGCGAUCUGUACACAGGGUUCCAACUCAAGAAGAUGUUAAUGAAAUGUAUAUGGCAACUCCAUUUCCAACCAAACCAGAACAAAUCUUGUUGCCUAUGCCUGGGAAAGGCCAACAGGAAUAUAUCUCAAAUACUGGCCUCAGAUAUGCCAAUGCAGGUCCUUCAUCAUCGACCUGGUCGCCGACAUUUAGCCAUGGGACCCGGAGCAGCAUGCGAGAGCAGUCCGUUGGUGAGUGGGACUCAUCAACAGUGGACCCCGGCAACUCGCCGCCGCAGAUGUGGGAUGAAGACCCGACAUCAAGCAAAUCGUCUUUGCCGGACUUUCCAUCAGCCAAACCAGACAAUUUCCACUCUGAUGGAUCGGAUGCCGAGUUCUCAGAUGACGACUUGAUUGUGUUGCCUACCGCCACACCGACAAUUAAAGCGGUGGUAUCAGAACCGCCCACGUCUCUAAAGUCUGAGCCGGAGGAUGCGUCAACUUUGGGCUACUCGAGCCCGAAUAUCCAGCCCAUUGGAGCCCCAUCCAGCCCUAACUUCGUCACCCUGGAUAAUUCAAGUGCGAACUUCCUUCCUCGCGGCCCAGAUUCAAAUUCAGAUUCCGAUCCACGCACUGACUCGCUGUCAUCGUGGAACUCACGAGGAACCGCCGUGAGACAUGCUGGUGUGCCACAAUGGAUAUUUACAGCCUCGUCAGAACGACCGAGCAUGUCUCGCUCGCCGUCGUUUCAUUCCAGCCCUCCAACGCAAUCGGUGGCGUCGUUCCGCACGGGUUCCCGACGGCUGUCAGGAAGCCGAUCACGGUCUGCGACGUCGUCCUCGCGCAGCCUUCGGUCGGUGUCAGACAUCCAAACCGCCAUGGAUAGUGGUGUCCCGAUUCAAUAUGCCCGCAUUCGUGGUCCAUCGUCAAGCUCUCGAGCAGAGACCUCUGACUCCUCGGAGCGCGACUUCACCCCAGGCCCGGCCUCUGGUCGUUGGAACCCUCACCUCUCACGGGUAUCGUCAGUCUGGUCUGCCGAGGGAUUUUCUGACCAAGCUGUCGAGGAAACAUCAAGCGCGGAUUCCGAGCUUGCAAUUCCAUCCUCCGAGGCACUGAAUUCAAAGACCAGUAAAUCCACCGUCUGGCUGGUGAAUGAGGCAGAUGAUGACGAGCAUUUGGACAGCCUGACAAACCUCCCCACCCGCAAUGGGUUUCCCCAAAGCCUGUCCUCGGGCUCCAAACGCAGCAACAGCUUGCGGAGUAACAGCAUGCGCAGCCUCCGCCCGGGCACCGCCUCCAGUACUUUGAUGCACAUCCUCCCUAGCUGGGCGAAGAUCUACUACCGAGCCGAUGCUAUCGGAGUCCACCCGACUUUGUCAAUAAACAGCCGGCCAUCCUCUGCUCGUCCGGGAACUAGCAACUCCAGUGUCUACAAUCUUGUGCCCCAUCCACUCAAUAUUCCUCGUCCCCGUUCUCCACAGCGCCCUCGCUCACCUGAACGUGUCCAUUUCGCCCAACGACGAAUUGACAGUGACCCAAGAGACCCGCGUGCCCACUGGGUCCCGUCUCCAGAGCCGGAAGACGGGGAAGUUGUCGGAACUCAUCGUCACCGAUUACGGCACAGUUGGUCCCCGCAUCUCUUCCACGACCGACGUACCAUCCAGCACUCAGCUAGUGUAUGGACGACUCCUUCAUUUGACUCGACGACCGAACCUAUCUUUGGUCGGAGGAACAUCCAGGUCUACUCAUUUUGUGUGGGAUUCAUUUUCCCCCUCGCCUGGAUCAUUGCGGCUUUCAUCCCUCUUCCGCCUAAACCUAAGAUGGCACCGGAAAUGAUUGAAUCUGAUGACGAUGUGGAAAUGGCUCUUGAGUCCCAGUUGAUGGGCCUCCAGCAACGACGAUACAACAAUACCCGAUGGUGGCGGAAUCUGAACCGGUGGAUGAUUUCCCUUGGAGUUGUGAUAAUCGUCAUUGUGAUCACACUUGCUGCUAUUGGCACAACCACUGGCUUUUAG